AAAGUGGGCCCGGUAGCUGAUUCCUUUCGUUGGGGGUGUCACUUGGAUCCCUGACAGUUUACUUGCAAAAGCCCUCGACUUAAAACAGAUACAAUCCAGAGCAACAGAUUAACGGCGUUGGAAAGGACCUUGGAGGUCAUCUAGUCCACCCCCCCGCCCAAACAGGAGACCCUACACCAUUUCUGACAGAUGGCAGUCCUGUCUCUUCUUGAAAGCUUCCAGCGAUGAAGCUCCCACAACUUCUGAAGGCAAGCAAACGCUUCAUUUAGUGAUCGUUCAAAGUUACACCGGCGGUAAAAAAAUGCACGGGUACAGUAUAUGCAGUACCUUGCUCAAUAGUAGUAACUGUGAGGGGGAUCUUGGAGUCCUAGUGGGCAACCGUUUAAAUAGGAGCCAGCCGUGUGCAGCAGCUGCCAAAAAAGCCAACACAGUUCUGGGCUGCAUCAACAGAGGGAUAGACUCAAGAUUACGUGAAGUGUUAAUACCACUUUAUAAGGCCUUGGUAUCCUGCAUCCAGUUUUGGUCGCCACGAUGUAAAAAAGAUGCGGAGACUCUAGAAAGAGUGCAGAGAAGAGCAACAAAUAUGAUCAGGGGACUGGAGGCUAAAACAUAUGAAGAACGGUUGCAGGAACUGGGUAUGUCUAGUUUAAUGAAGAGGAGGACCAGGGGAGACAGGAUAGCAGUCUUCCAAUAUCUCAGGGGCUGCCCCAAAGAAGAGGGAGUCAAGCUAUUCUCCAAAGCACCUGAGGGCAGAACAAGAAGCAACGGGUGGAAACUAAUCAAGGAGAGAAGCAACCUAGAACUAAGGAGAAACUUCCUGACCGUGAGAACAAUUAAUCAAUGGAACGGCUUGCCACUAGAAGUUGUAAAUGCUCCAACACUGGAAGUUUUUAAGAAGAGAUUAGAUAACCAUUUGUCUGAAGUGGUUUACGGUUUCCUGCCAAGCAGGGGGUUGGACUAGAAGACCUCUAAGGGUCCCUUCCAAAUCUGUUAUUCUAAUAAAGUGACUUAUGACCAUUUUUCACAUGCACUGCAGCAAUCCCAAAGUCAAGUGAUUGGCAACUGACUCACAUUUAUGAUAGUCGCACACGUGAUUCCCCUUUUGCGACCUUCGGAUGAGCAAAGUCAACGGGGAAGCCAGAUUCCCUUAACAACCGCGUGACUAACUGAACAACUGCCGUGAUUCGCUUAACAACCGUGGCAAGAGAGGUCAUCCAACGGGACAAAGCUGAGUUAACAAAAGCCUCACGCAAAUUUUGGGUUCAGUUGUGGGUCGUAAGUUGAGGACUGUCUAUGGGCAGAAACUUGAGAACUGGAAGGCGAGUAGUUUUAGGUUCCACCCAAAGAAAGAAAUUCAGCAUUUUGCUGAUGUUUUGUUUAGUUACGCAAGAGAAGUUGUGCAAUUCCGCUCAGUUCAUGCGGACCCAAGAAUUCUCCUUGGCGCCGAAUCUGGCAAGCCGGAGCCUCCGAGUGGAGGUCGGUUUGUCUUUGUUUGAAGGACAAAAAGUACAGCCAGCUAAGCUACGAGGCCUUGGAGCGUAAAAAAGAAAACAUUGCAGCUCGAAAGCAGCAAGAGAGGAAUUUCGGUUUACGGGGACAGCAGGGAGCAAAGUCCCACCUGAGGAAGGAAAUCACAGGUGACGACAACUUCCUUGAGCAAACGUCUUUCUGCUGAAGGCUUCAUUUGCAUUGCUGUGAGCCUGGGCAUUGGAAUGUGAAAUACCAGCAGGCAGUAGACAUUGUGAAUGUGGCACAUCGUUUUCUACAAAAGGAUCCCUUCCUAGGUAGAAAGGAGGCGGGUAGAGGAGAGAUCGAACUGUCAGCAAGUUCAGGUAUGAAGGAUUAAGAAUUGCAGAGUUUACCUCUACCGUUAUCUGUAUACCGGUCGGUAUCCCAUCUCCAGAAAAGGUUCAGAAAUGGCCAGAAUUUGCCUCCUGCUUCUAUGCCUCAAGAUGUCUGAAAUUUACACGCAAGAAGGACGCUGGGAGACCAACUGGAAAAGGAACGACUCCGAGGUCAUGAAUGACCUGCUGGACCAGUGGAAAAGGAACGACUCCGAUGCCCUGGAUGACGAUUGGAAGCAGCGGCUACCCAAAGGCAUAAUUAUUGGUGUGAGGAAAGGGGGCACGCGGGCUUUGCUGGAGAUGCUGAAUCUGCAUCCCCAGGUGGCAGCGGCUCACUCCGAGAUCCAUUUCUUCAACGUGGAAGAGAAUUACCAGAAGGGACUGGAUUGGUACAGCCAACAGAUGCCCAAUUCUCACAGCACUCAGAUCACGGUGGAAAAAACGCCAGGCUAUUUUGCUUCCUUAGAGGCCCCGGAACGGAUUUAUACCAUGGACAGAUCCGUGAAGCUCCUUUUGAUUGUGCGGGAUCCUGUGGAAAGGUUGGUGUCCGAUUACACCCAGGUCCUCUACAAUCGCAAAGCGCGGCAGAAACCGUACCAGUCCUUGGAGGAAAUCCUAAAAAGGGGCCAAGAGCUGAACACCGACUAUAAGGCCAUGCAACGCAGCCUCUACGCGCUACACUUGGCUCGGUGGCUGGAGUUCUUUCCUACAACACAAAUUCAUGUGGUAGACGGAGGCGGCCUAAUACGGCAGCCGCUCUCGGAAAUGCGUCACGUGGAGCAGUUUUUGGGGCUGGAGCCUUACCUAGGCCCGGACAACUUUUAUUUCAACGAAACCAAGGGCUUCUUUUGCCUCCAGGCCGGAGGAGAACGGCACUGCCUUGACCCGUCGAAAGGCCGGCCUCACCCCACCGUGGAUGAAAUGCUGCUGGAGAGACUCUGCACCUAUUUCAGUCAGCACAACGAGGACUUUUUUGCCAUGGUGGGAAGGACUUUCAACUGGUGCUGAGUCUUGCGUCGAGGCCGAGUUGGGCGUUCCGUGAAUGUUCCACCCAAAAAAAUCUUCCCAUUUUUCGUUCGAAAUGGAAGUUCAACUCUACCACUGUAUGGUAAAUCGGUUUAUCAGUGAAACAGCCAAGCCUGAAGUUGGAGGUUUUAAGAACCUUGGGGAACCCACUUGAGGCAAAAAGCGUUUUGAUAAAAAUGUUUUCACUUUUCUAGCAAGCCCAGCAGGUGAAAUUAUGCUCUUUAUGGUUUUUUCCCCCCCACGGGGGAAAAAAACCAAAAAUUUUAGUUUAAGCUAUAGGAUGUAGGUCCACUGUUUUUCCUGAAAAUCUUGUAUUUAAUGAACCAUGGGAAAAGCUCUGUUGUUGACCUGUGCCCCCAUAUUCCCACAAACAGCUUGCAAGAAUUGAAUUCAGCAUCUCUUUUUUAGCCAACACUGUAAACUAAGCUAUUUGCAUCCCUAUUUAGCUUAUACAGUUCUUACUGUCAGGGACCCCAAGGUGCCAGGUAAGACUUUUGCCAUGAGAAAUAAUUUAAUUAGAGUUUAAAAUCAGGCCUUUCUUCUCAGUGGCCUUUCUGUCCAAGAGACACACUGGCACUUUGAUUGUGGGCCUUUAGUAUUUCUUUCAAUCAACAUCUAAGAAAUAAUGAGUAAAUUAAAUUAAUCCUAGGAUUUACAGGUAUUCCAUUAAACUCACAUCCAUUUCAGCCAUCUGCCUAAAACAUAGCCAAGUAACAAUAACAUUUGGAUCUUAGCAACAAGUGUAUUAAUUUUCUGCACUGUGAUUAAUGCAUUAAACCGCCUGGAAAUUAGUUGUCUUCAACUCCUGACAAAAAUAACCUUUCACUCCAAUCAAUCCUUUCUCUUUUAUUUAUCUGUUAGAAAACAGCCUCUUUCAUUAGCAAAGCAUUGUUGACAUUGUUAAUCCAUCAUCAAAAAUAAAAAGUUGCAGCAUCUUCAGUAUGGAAGUUCCAACUCCUGGAAUGCUGAGCCUUUAGUAACAGAAGCCUUGUCUGUUCUGUAGCCGCCAGUCCAGGUUAUCAAUUACACAAGAGUGAUAUUGAUUAAUGUUCCUAAGAAAAGAAACACCCUAUUCCUACUAUAGCAGUGCUAAUCUGCUACAACACUGUUACUGAAGGGACAUCUGGGGGAAAAAAACUAUGCCAAAUUCAACGAUCUACUUUAUUAUAUAAAUAUCGCCUGUUAGGACAGUAUUUUGUUAGAUUACCAGUUACCAUGGAAUCAGCAAAUGUAACGCAAAGUCCCUUCUGUAUCCAAAUUGGCCAUUGCAUCUAACUUCCCUAAAUAAUUUCACCUCACUCACUUUUACCAUAUGUAGCAUUUUUGAAAGCUAUUUUAAUAAGGACAAUGUUUAAAAUUACUUACAAUGCACAGGAAUAUAGUGAAUAGUACUUAAAAAUACAAAUAGCCAUCCACACGGAUAGGAAUGGAGAAACCACCGAAACCCUAUUUGACCUCCUUCAAUCCAAAAUUCUUAACAAUAAUCUCCUUUAAAGACUGCAACUCCUUAUAGUUUUAGAUAAACUAAUCUAAAAUUACUAAUCAGAGUAAUUCUGGAAUUAUAACCAAGAUAAAAUUUUAUACAAAUUAAUUUGAUAACGACUAUAGGUAAGCCAAGAAUUUGGAGAUUUGAGACCAUUCUGCCAUGAUUAUUUAAUCAGCAACAUGCCUAUAAUUCUAGUGUGUAAAGCAGUUCUGAAACUUAGUAGUGGAAAGAAACACUGGCUCUUCUCUUAGAGGGUUACCAAAGUGGUAACCUUUCCAGUUGUAAUCAAGGCAACAUUGCUUGUUUAGCAUUUUGUUACAGAUGAAAUGUUUGUCAGAACAAAACAAAAUAAUACUGAAACAAAAGCAACUGAGCUGGUUCAAUAAUACAGCAGUAUUCACUGCAAAGCCACCACCUUCAGUGAGAUUAUCAGCUGUGAGCAGCAAAAUUCAGGAUGGGCAUCUUUGCUAAUAUGACACUGCGACACUUUCCAUGUUUGUGCAGCACAGCAAUUUAGAGAAAAGAUUUUCGGCAAAAAGAAUUUUUUUUAAAAAAAAAAGUUGUAUUGUUAAAAUUCAUAGAAGUUAUUUUAAGUGACAUUAAAAUCUGGACUUUGAUUUCUAUGUUAAUAAGCAAGAGUAAACAAAGUUAACCAUGAUUGUGGCUAUAUCCAAGUUUAGAAUGUGUGACUGUUCUAAACAUUUCAAUUCAAUUUUACUGGAUUUAUCCCUUGUAUACCAGAAUGACACACAAGAAUAGGUUUUGUAAAAAAUGGUUUUAUCAGUUCCAUUUUUGUAUAAAACACAUGGGAGAAACCUAGCCAAUCAACACACAAAUUGCUGCCACAUAACAGGGUACUUUUUUUUGUCAAACUUUAAAUCUAGAACAUACAAAUGUUUUAAGUCUACAGUCAAUUGUCUAUGCUCUUCCAUUUAACUAUUCUUUUAAAAAAAUUCCACAUAUCCCCAUAUUUCUUCUGUCCCAAUUACAGUACAAUGACAGGGAGGAAGCGGGCUGCCGAAAGCGCCUCUUUACGCAGUCUUCUGCUGUCCCUUCUUUCCAAUCAAAGACUUGUGGAUGUGAGGAAUUACGCCUGCAGAGAGAGAGAGCAAAGGAUGAGGAGACAUAGCCACGAUCCCAUCAAGAUUUAAGAUACUGAUCAAUACUUAUACAAAUCCGUCAACAUCUCUUCUUCCCUCCCCCAUUCCAACUUCACAUUUUCAAGCAACUACUAUUCUUUUAAUUGCAUACUUCAACCAAUAUUUUGAGUGAAAAGGGUUUUCAUGGAAGAGGAAAACGUCCUUAUACUACUUGGAGGACCCUGAACAGGUUGAGAGUCGGAGUACCUAAACGUGAAACCAAUGCGCACAAGUGGAGGCUCUUUGCGGAUAACAACACACUUUGUGAAGGUGGAAAGACACAGAGUCCGGCCCAUCUGCUGGUAUGACAGCUACUACCAGAAACAUGUACCGUAAUGACUUAUUUUUGGCUAAUGGCAAAGUCAAGAAAGUGGUUUCGUUCUGGCAGUUUAAAGUUUGAUCUAGACACGGAAAAAGAAUAGAAGACGGAGUGUUCUUUCUUCAGGAAAGGCUACCCAAUGUUUGCGCUUCAAUUAAAAUUAACCUGGGACUAUAGCUCUGCUAAAUAAAUUGUCUUAAUUUAAUUAAGGACAAAAAGUGCAGAACUGAUGUAUAUAUAUAAAGUAAUACCCUGUACAAAAAUAUGAGCUGGAAUAUUUUUUAAUAAUAUUUUUCACUUCAGGAAUGUUGGGCAACUUCAAACUUGUACUGUGUUUAUCAACUGUCCUGAAACAUUAAAAGUUCCAGAAGUUUCA